UUCAAUUCAAUUCAAUAAAACUUAUAAUGGUGGUUUGUCACACUUAGGUUGUAUUAUUCUUCCUGUACCUGCUUAUAAUAUAAGAAAUAAUGUAUUUUUUGCCUAUUUUAUGCACAAAUUUGUACUAACACGCUUUUGUUUUUUUUCCAACUCUUUCCCUUUUUAUUUACCAGUAGGCAGCGUUGCUAUUUAUUCGGCCACAUCUCGCGGACGUGUGCAGUUGAUCUAUGGGGGCCAACCGUUUAUCUUUGAGAAAAUAUUGAAAUUGUCCACAGGCGAAGAGAAAAAGUUUUGGCGCUGUAACCAAUGGUGGAACCAAAAGUGUCGCUCUCGUGUUUACACAAUCAACGAUAUUGUCAUGCCGCUCAAUCGUUAUCACACUCACGAAGAAAUAGUGCGUCGCAAGAAACGUACGCGCAGGAUACCGCCUAUUAUUCCUGCAUCUGCAAUUAAAAAGGAGAAGAAAGUGUCUGCAGCAGCAGGAGAGAGAGCGAGCACAGUUGAAGUUGGCGUCGAAGCGACAGAUCCGAUAGAUGUGUCUGACUUAGGAAUGCAUUUAAAAUAUGAAGAAAUUGUGGCCGAUGUCACUGAAAUAGCCGAGCCAAGUAUCAUUGUGAAGAAAGAUUUGAAUAAAUAAUUUAUAAAACCAUGUAGUAAAUAAGAAGUAACUUGAAAUUUUUGUUUU